AUGGCGGGCAAUUCUACAGAACUUAAGCACUACGCCAUUAUUCUGUUUGAAGGUUUCCAGGCCCUCGACGUCUUCGGCCCUCUUGAUGCUCUUAAUAUUACUUCUCUCGACAACGGCAUCAAACUUUCUGUCAUUGCGCCAACGUUGAACCCGGUGAGCACGAGGCCGCCUCCGCUGCCCAUUGUCAACCUAAAGCCAGGAUGGGGCUUCUCUGAAAGCGUGGUUCCUACACACACCUACGACGAUCCGCCCACAGACAUUGAUGUUCUCAUCGUUCCGGGUGGCCUGGGUACCAGUCACUGCGUCAACAUCGAGCCAACCGUCAAGCUUGCUCGCAAGCUAUACCCGGAGGUUAAAUAUUUGUUUAGUAUCUGUACGGGCUCAAAAGUUCUAGCUGAAGCGGGUCUCCUUGAUGGAAAGAAAGCAACGACCAACAAGAGGAGGUAUGAGGAGACGACAAGGCCGUACCCUCAGGUCCAGUGGCAGAGAAGCGCUCGAUGGGUGAUUGAUGGAAAUAUAUGGACAUCCUCCGGUAUCAGUGCGGGUACUGAUGCCAUGCUUGCCUUUAUUGGGAUGGUUUAUGGCCGGGAAUAUGCACAGGCAAUAGCAAAAAGGAUGGAAUACCGUUGGGUAGAGGAUCCUACAGAUGACCCAUUUGCUGCCCCAGAACCGAGCUCCUGA